CAAAUCCACGACCCGACCAUCGGAAUUUUGGAGAUUUGACUCCAGCCUCGCAAACAGCCGCCGAGGUCCAGACGCCGCGACAACUGACGGCCUGCCGCCCCCGCGGACUCGAUAUCGAAGAGAGUUUCCCACACGUUCCGCCUUUGUGGAUUGAUACCAUACCCAUCAUUGCGGUCACGCAAUCGCCAUCGCAAACGCGACCACAAUGGCACCAUGGCACCUCCUCGAGCCCAAGGAGGAGGAGAACCUCCACAAGACGCGGCUCCUCAACGUCGAGGAGCGGCCGUUCCUGCGCAUAACUAAGCGCAUGCAAACGGCACACACCAUCGCCAAGUGGGGGAAGCCGCCCGCGAACAGCAACCCACCACAGCAGAACGGAGCAACCUCGGCACCACCGAGCCAGCCAACGAGCCCGACGACGCCCGCAUCCGCCGUCAUCACACCCGCCAGCUCGCAGCCGGACCCGGCCGUGGCGGCGGAGCUCGCGGCGCUGCGCGAGGAGGUGACGCUCGACUUUGCCGCCUUCGACUUCACCGUCGCACGAUUCCAGUCGCUCCUCAACGCCAACGCCGAGGAGCGGGCGCGCUACAACGCGGACCGGCAGACGAUCCUGGACCAGUGCGCGGCGGUGCGCGACAGCACGUCGGGCCUCCGGGCGCGGCUCGACGGCGCGCGCGCGCAGCUGGAGCGGCGGCGGCGCUUCGACGACCUGGCCGACCGCAUCACGAGCAACCGCGCGCUCCGGCCGCGGGCCGAGCAGCACCACGCGCUCGCCAAGCUCGAGGACGAGUGCGCCAACCUCGAGGCCGAGAGCGCCCAGUACGCCGCCACGUGGCGCGAGCGCCGCGACCAGUUCGCCCGCAUCAUGGACGAGAGCAUGCGCCUGCGCCGCCAGAUCCGCGACGAGGCCGACGAGGUCGACCGCCGCGAGGGCAUGGGCGACGAGCGCGAGGACGACGCCGCCGUCGACGGCCAGACUCCGCGCCCGGGCGUUGCUAGCGGCAACGUGACCCCGAUGCCGCACGGCGGCGGCGGUGGCGGUGGCGGUGGCGGGAGCAAUAAUAGCCUGUUGCCGCCCAAGGUGCUGGCGGGCCUCGCGGCCGAGGCGGCCGAAUCGUCGGCUGGCAGGUCCGGCUCGUCGUUUGGGGGCCGGACGCCUGCUAGGGACAGCCCCGCGCCCCAGGACAUGCUCAAGCCGCGGCCCGAUGCGUCGGGGACCGGCGGCAGCAGCCGCCCGCAGAGCCAGGACGGCACGUCGGCCGCCACCCCCAUGGCGACCUCUGUCGCGACCCCAGCACCAGAGGAGGGCGACGACGGCGAAGGUAGGAGGGAGGAGGACGUCGACAUGGGCGAUGCUGGCGCGGCCGCCGACGACACCCCAAGGGGCGGCAACGACGAGAGCCAGGCAUCGGCGGCCGGCACACCGGGCCUCGAGGAGAAGAUGGACACGACAUGAUCAAUGGAUAUGGGUUGUGGGAAAUGUUGCGAGAUAGAAGAGUGCGACCACGUCCAGGACCUCCGCCUAGAUGUUUACCCAGUCGCGAAGCAUCUAAAUGAUUAAUUAUACCCUCCGGUGAACUAUCUGGCGGAUCCACAGUCUUACCACGAUCAAAGAGUAACUGGCAUGCAGGAAUAGCGUGGGGUG